AUGGGAGAUCCACCCAUUGACAAUGCAAGAGCUGAACUAGGAGGAGGUGCAAAAGCGCUUUCACCCACCAACAAGCCAAAGAACAAGCGUGAGAAACGCAAGAUCGCUAACCGGGCAAGGCAUCGUUUGCUUUCCAUCCGCAAAGACGCCAAUGCCAUUGAAGAUGUCAUCAAACCACUAUUGAUAGCUGACGAUGCAGUUACUGUGCAUGACGAUUGGCCAUGGAUUGCCAACAAGCAAUGUGGCUCCUGGUACCUUCCAAAGCCAACACUUUGUUCGUGUUACUUUAAAUCCACAGAUGGCCAUGUUGGAACCUACAACGUUUCGUUGAAACGAUUGAAUUUGCCACUACUAAAAGUUCUGAGCGGCCAUCAAGGCUGCGUUUUGGUGGAUUCUUCUGUACGAAAGUUACUUCCCGACAGUUUCUCCAGGACAAUUCCUAUAUGGGCCUGUGUUCUCAAUCGAAUAGCAAAGAGAUAUCGAGAGGAGCUUAGCGGUGAUGGUGGAUUGGGCAGUACUAGUUCUAUUACUAAAUACUGGAAUGACACUGAUUGGGAUGUCGGCCUUUACACUCCUGCAUCCGUCGUUUCGCCGGAAGAGCAUAUUGUAAUCUCAGACUUGAUCGACUCACGUGUCGAUUUAUUGUAUCAGAGCAAGGCAAUUGUGGAUCCAGAAGGGUUGGCGAAGCUACUGACCAAGCCGGUUCGGGCUGUCUGGUGGUCCAAUGGAAGAUAUCAUACCGACACAUUAUCCUCAGCAGUAAACGAAAGUUUGGAUUGGGACAAGUACCAUGUCAUUGUUUGUUGCAAUCCAUCUUCCUAUAUCGAAGAAGAUGGCAAGCUACUCAAUAAGAAUCAUAUCCAAUGGCAAGAUGGGCCAGGGGACAAUGGAUUCUACUACACUCCAGGUGCAGCAGACGACCAUGAUACUUGGGCGCGUGGGUUGACGCCAGAGCUUUUGUGGAUGCACGAGCACUCUUUAGGCGACUUAUCAUCCUUAACUGAGGACCAUGUGGACGCUAUCAUCGAUGACGUUGUAAAGUCGGCUUGCCAAGAUGCUCUAGGAGAUACUCCUGCGUCUCCUCAAAUUGAUGCGAAAAAUGCAAACAAGAUUGGGGAAUCAAAUCUUUGGAUCGGAAGUCGAAGGGCGGGGAGACCACCCGAGUGUUGGGAUUCCUUCGAUGCAAUUCUGAACGUUACUGAGAAUGAGUAUCCCAACAUGAUCAAAUCGAUGGAAACGUCACAGAAACCAUGCUUCUACUUGCAACUAGUGGUUGCUGAAGGGAAAAGGGACAAAACACAGCUGGAAAGACUACUCCCUCUUGGUUUGGCCUUCUUGCUUCAUCACAUGCGGCAGGGGAGAAGAACGCUUGUGCACUGCGCUCAAGGGAAAGAUAGAUCAGUAGCAAUAGCUGUUGCUUCUGUUGCUCUGUUUUGCCCCAAGGUCUAUCCUCUCAAGCUUAGUCCAAGGUGUGAAGAAUGGGAUCUUGAACUAUUGUGCAAAGGAGAAGUUUUAAGCAUAGGAGAAUUAGAACAAGGCGCUAGUCUAUAUGGGCAUUCGGGUCUUCCACUGUCACUGAUUCGAGUGCUAUUGAGUGAAAGUGCCAGGGAUGACUUCCUCAGAUGGUAUCAUGCAUGCUCCAAAGUUCCAACCUCCACGUCACUUGCUACCAAGGAAAGUAUUCGAAUCAGCCUACAUUUGAUUCAGCAAGACCGAGAAGUGGCUGAUCCUACACGAUCGACCAUGCAAAAGCUGAAUCGGUUCUUCAUGAGUAGCUCGAUGUAUCGUUAA